CGUUAAUGUGUAAUCAACCAGACUAAACCCCCCACGCACUAGCACCUCCCACUCCUCCGACUCCCUUUGUAGCGACAAAAGGCCGUAACAACAACCUCAAUUAGCUACUACAACAACAAGCAUACAACACCAUGCCAUCUGGUGCCAAUAAGAAACGCAAUCAACUAGACGAUAUCUUGUCUGACAAGGUAUCGGUUAUGGAAACCGAGGAAGUCUCGAACGAAGAUCCCGCGUUAUUCGUCGAAGAAGAAGCACAUCCCGGAUUUUGUGUGGAAUGCAAGGAUCAGGCUGCGAUAGUCUUUUGUGAAAACUGUAACGAGCCCUUUUGUGAAGUUUGCUUUGGCAUGAUCCAUCGAACGGGCAAGCGUGCAAAACAUAUCAGUAAACCGUAUACCGCAGAAAUUAAUCAGCAGAAUGAUGUUGAUGCGAUGGAAGAAGAUGAGGAAACAUUGGUAGAGAAGGAUGAGCAACAGAUUAAAUCAAAUUUGAAGCAUACACCAACCACGAGCAGCGCAGAUUUCGAUGUUGGAAAAUGGAUGGAAAAUAGAGCAAAGUAUAUCCCACUGCGGUUACAUUUGGAGGAAAGAAAGCUGUUGCGAUUACUAGAGGCUGCACUAAAUGUCAGCGAAUAUACAGAUCAUAUCGAUAACGAAUCCCAUACGAGUAAAGCAAAACGCAUUGUCAGCCAAAUCAAAGAGUUGUGUGCAGCGCUGACUGGUUUGGUUCUGGCGUGUGACUAUAAGCGAGGACAAGAACUCUUUGCUGAACGUACAUUUGAUGAAAAUGAAGAGUUCUUCCAACGAAUCUUUGAGAUUGGUCGCCGGCACAAGAUCAUGAACCCUGAAAAAAUGCGGUCAGCAUAUGGCAAACUAAUGUAUAUGCUAUCGGAUUCAAUGAUUCCAGAAGUGCAAGAUAUGCUUGGAUUUAGCUGUGUCGCCCCUAUCCGUACCGUAUACGAAUUCCUCAAAGAACGGCGCGGACUUGGUGUUCUCCGCGAAGACAUCAUAUUACUAGCAACACGAGAAAUUAUUCCUGAAGGAAAGAGUCGUACGCAGAUCCAAGCUGAAAUUAGACGCAAGGAAAAGUCCAUUGAGCAGUUGAGUCGAAAAUAUCAAUCAAAGUAUCUGUCCUCGGAUGAAAUACGUCACUGUUUAUACAGUAUCGGUGAUAACAAUGCCUAUCUACGAGAAAAUCGUGACCCGUGUGAAAAGAUGAUACGUUAUCUAGAAGAAUAUUUUCAUCCAAAUGAAGCAGAAGAUGAAUAUUCGUUGUCGAUCGCAGCAGGUGCUCAAGGUCAUCGCUUAAGUCACGAUCACGAAACACAAUAUAUCUAUGUCAACCAAACACUAAAGCUGUGGCGGGAAAUUCUGAACGAGAUGUUUAUGCUCUGGACGCUGGCCGAUCAGGACAUGCUAAGCACAUCCAAUCCUUACCGACUCUCACAGACAGGCCAGGGUUUGCAUCGCAUACAACCGUGUCCUGCAGUUUCCAGGGAGAUGCAUAGGACAUUAUUCAAGGCACAAAAGAAAGCUGGUACAUGGAUCGGGAGCAGUGUGAUCCAUUUGGGGGACAAAAACGUGCCUAAUGCCUUAAUAUUCAUCGACAAGUACAAUCAAGUUUCCCGGAUCCUUAGCCCGAUCUGUCUGACACUCGAUAAAUUGGACGAGCUGACAAACCACGAGGGCGGUAAAAAGUUCCUUGAGCGAAAGUUUGGCGGGGUCCCCCAGUGCAGAAAGGCAAUCCUUGCUGACUUCUUCCGAGGUGCGUUUGAUGGAUCUGGCGCUGAUAACUUUUACGAUGCUGGAAGCUGUAUUGAUGGUCGCUUAACAUCCGCUUGGAACUGGUGCUCACAAAUCGAGCAAAAGCCUUAUUUUCCGGUGUUCUUGUUGACGGGAUUUGUUGGAUUUGAUGGUGGAGGCUGGAGCUAAGACACAUACGCGCUCACGAAGACCCAUACACUCGAACACAUAGUGCAUACAUUGUCCGGGAACACUUGGAUGGCUAGCACACACACACAAAAAGUACUCCAAAUGAUACUAUUUUAGAAUUGCUCUAUAUAGAAACAACUCCAUACAUUGACAAAAAAAGAAUCCUCACAUAAUACAUAUGACCGUGCGACUGCAUAUAAGGAGGGAAGGGAAACACUUGUUAGGAGUUGAGUAAAAAGAAAGAGACUAUGACAAUGGCGAUCACAGAUAGCAUGCAUGAGAGAUAUAAACAGAAAGAAACAGAGAGAGUG